CUUGUCCUCUCGCUUGCACUCUGCUCUCACUGCGAGUGCUAGACAAAUAUGCAUGAAGAAAAAAACGCUCACGAGUCACGACCGACCAAUGCAACAGCGAAGCCCUCAGUCCCACGGAACAUCCCCUCGGACCUCUCCCUGCGGAUAUAACCGCGGUUCUGCCAAAAGACAGACACAAAGGAACGACGGAUAUGAAUUCGUUUUCAACAGGGAGCUGAAGCUGGACAGUCAACACGGAUGAGCCCUGUCUCACUCACUCCUCUUCAUGCCUCCAUGACGUGCGUUUCUCCUUUUUUUUCAGUCAACAAUUAAUCUGAGACCAACGCUCGAUGACCGAACGUGGUCCAUAUCUUUCACAGCUGCAACUGUUUUACGCGUUUUGAGAUCGGCUACCUGGACUUGACAAGACCGCACAGAAGCAGUGUUUCCGAACACCGUCCAACGAUCAAGACUUUUCUUGCGGAAAAGAGAAGCAUUUUGGUGACUCAUAGACUACUCUUGAAUUAUUAGCUUUAUGUUGACUCUUACUGAGAAUUCAUGCGCGCCUGACUUCAAUGUGGGAAUCCUGCGUUUUUUGCAUUCCGCCUUUUGGAUGGUGAUAACCACGCGACAGCAAAUCCCGCGCUGGUUUCCCGCACGUUCUGGCAGUUAGUCGUUAAAUAGCUAUUACUUGCCUAUUGCCAGGUGUAUCGGAGAUGCCACAGGUGCAUGGUAUGGAUUUUAUAUGAAGCAGAUGCUCAAAGAUCACAUAUUAUUCGACAUAUUCAUAUUAUUAUUAUCACAUAUUAUUCGUACGAAAUUGAACGAGUACAUGAUUCUGUAGCGUGUGUUUUUUUAUCAGCUUGGAUAGAUAGUUGAAUACGGCUGUGAGGCGAAGUAAUUUACCCGCCUUCUGAACUGCAAACAACUUCAAUGUCCCUCCGCAUUCUGUAUAGCUAUUAACCCAGGCUGUAACACAAUGGACCUCAAAGUAGAAUCAGAAGAAAUGGACUGCAAAAAGCCACCCGCUAUUGAAGUUUUUGCGCACAACUCAACGCUGCACGGAAUUUCGCACAUCUUCACCUAUGAGCGAGUCUGCGUCAAGCGUUGUCUAUGGGUCGUGUUCUUCCUGGGCUCCUUGACUUUAUUAAUGUUUGUGUGCGUGGACCGUAUACACUUCUACCUGGAGUAUCCGCACGUCACCAAACUGGACGAGAUCUCGACCCCGAUGAUGGUGUUCCCCGCUGUCACGUUCUGCAACCUAAACUUUUUCCGCUUCAGUCACGUGACGCGCAAUGACCUGUACCACGCAGGCGAGCUGCUCGCGCUGCUCAACCAGAGAUAUGAAAUUAGGGACACCCACCUGGUGGAGGACAGUGUUCUGGAGGCCCUGAAGGACAAAGCUGACUUCCACAACUUCAAGCCCCGCCCAUUCAACAUGCGCGAGUUCUAUGACCGCACAGGACAUGACAUCAAGGACAUGUUGCUGGCGUGUCACUUCCGGGGGGCCGAGUGCAGUGCCGAUGACUUCCAAGUGGUGUUCACUCGCUAUGGGAAGUGUUACACGUUCAAUGCGGGGGGUGAGGGCCGCACCCCUCUCAUAACUACCAAGGGAGGGAUGGGUAACGGGCUGGAGCUCAUGCUGGACAUUCAGCAGGAUGAGUACAUCCCUGUGUGGGGAGAGACGGAUGAGACCACGUUUGAGGCUGGGAUCAAAGUUCAGAUCCACAGUCAGGAGGAGCCUUCCUUCAUCGACCAGCUGGGCUUCGGGGUGGCACCUGGGUUCCAGACCUUUGUUUCCUGCCAGGAACAACGGCUGAUAUAUUUGCCCCCACCCUGGGGGGACUGUAAGGUGACACGGAUAGACUCAGAAUUCUUUGAGUCCUACAGCAUCACCGCCUGCCGUAUCGACUGUGAGACGCGCUACCUGGUAGAGAACUGUAACUGUCGCAUGGUACAUAUGCCUGGAGAUGCCCCAUACUGCACCCCUGAGCUGUACAAAGAGUGUGCUGAUCCAGCUCUUGACUUCCUGGUGGAGAGAGACAACGAUUUUUGUGUGUGUGAGACACCGUGCAACAUGACCAGAUACAGCAAAGAGCUGUCCUUCGUCAAGAUCCCCAGCAAGGCCUCUGCCAAGUAUCUGGCCAAGAAAUACAACAAGUCAGAGCAAUACAUAGCUGACAAUAUCCUGGUUCUGGACAUCUUCUUUGAGGCUCUAAACUAUGAGAUGAUCGAACAGAAGAAAGCCUAUGAAGUAGCAGGACUUUUAGGUGAUAUUGGUGGUCAGAUGGGUCUUUUCAUUGGAGCCAGUCUCCUUACUAUUCUGGAGCUGUUUGACUACAUCUAUGAGGUGAUAAAGUACAAGCUCUGUCGAAGCUCAGAGAAGAAACACAAACACAGCAACAACGACCAGGGAGCUGUUCUGAGCCUGGACGAUGUGAAAUGUCACGUCAGUAACUUUCACUAAGCAUUUGCAGCUCUCGGAAGAAGGCAGCCAUAUUGCUUCAUGUCUAAACAUCUCAAUUAAGAAUUUGAUAUGCAUGAAGCCAGGUUGUUUUUGUAAAAGAAAAUGUGUUCUAAAUGAACGUACCUGGUGAGGUUCAUGAAUGUGUGUGUGGGGAUAUUCCUAGUUUUACCUUGCACACAGCAGGAUACAAGACAACCAAUCCAAUGAUCCACAUGCAUCCCUUAGAUUUCAUUGGCUAAUGUAAAUUGCUUUGCAACAGAGCAAUGGAAUUACCAAAUCAAAGAUCCAAAUAUAGAAAAGUAUUAUCUCCAAAACUGAAGUUGAUAUUUUUUUCUGAGCAACAUUAUAGUUAAAAUGGAUAUCAAUGGAGUUUGUGGUGUUGUGUAUCAGCUUGAGAAACAUGUCCUCACCCCAUCAAUUUCCAUCAAGUUGUCUCAUCUAUAUUUUUUGAAAAAUCGCAAUCUUAAAAUCUUAGUGUCUAAUUUAAAAGGGUGCUUUCUAAAAACGUUUAAAGCAUAUCUACAAAAGGAUACACUUUUAAAUGUUAAAUGCAUGACUAUGUUGUCCCUUAACUCUGCUUUUCUCACUGGGUGUCUUUUAUGAGUUUACAGAGUAGGUAGCAUAAACACAACCACAUGUAACAUAUGGAUUUUAAAUAUGUAUCAAAAGUCCAAAUGCACUCAUGACUACUGGUUUCAAUGACAUUUUCGGCCAACUUACAAACAAAUACUUUAUGAAAUUAUUGUUACAAAUCAAAGUGUAAGGUUGCUAGCCAACUAGCCUAUUCAUGGUAUCACUACUAGCCUGCUCAUGUUAGCCCUACCAGCCUGCUAACAUCAUGUUAGCACAGAAUGAGUCAGACAGUUGCUAUCAACACCUAGCUUACUGCUACAUUAAAGUAAACCAACGUUUUGAAAAUACACAAUGCCACCUAACCAGUUAUCAAAAUAAUGGUAGCUAUACAGUAUGAAGUUAUCUUAGCCAGCCAGGUAACGAUAGCUAUUUAGCACACUAGCUAUUAGCCCAACCAACACAUCACCACUAUAACCGCAGAUUUAAAGGAAAGAAAGAGUAGAGACUUACAGAUUCAUGGCUGGGGCCCAUCCGAUAGUAACACUUUUAAAAGAGUACAGGCGGAGUUAGCUAUCAAAGCAAGGGGGAGCCGGGCGCUUCACCAGGGAGGAAGAGUCAGGAGAAUCCAAUUGCUAUAUAGUGAGAAAAAUCCAAAAUAGAUAGAUUACAGAUGUCAGUCAGCUAGUGGGCUAGCACAAAGCCAAGGUGGAAAAAGUUACAAAAUUCCUGUAGCCAGAGAACAUGCUGAAAAGUUGACAAAACAAAAAGGAGAACAAAUGCGGUACUACACAAUUAGAGCAAGCAGGUAUGAUUUUCUCUUUCUUUUUAAGCCCACAGCAAGAAGGCACCAUAACACAGUCACAAAGUCCAUGGAGAGCAUCAUGAUGCAGCAUGGCCGCACGUGCCCCAUCUGUUCAUUGUUUACAUCACACUUCCUUCUGAUUGGUGGAUUGUAGCUCACCACCAUCAACACUUGGUCUGGAAUGUAAUUACAUGCUAGCAUGGCUAAUGGCUAACGAUAGCCAGCUUGAGCUAGCUACCGAGCUAGCAUACGAACUUGGUAGCACAGAGUAGGUUAUCCAUAUUACAGUGAGAAAUAGUGCAUUGUGGGUAGUUUAGAAAAUAUCCGUAAAUAAGUUUAUAAACAUGUAAUAACCCAAAUAUAUAACUAUGUUUGUACUUAUAGGUAACCAGAUCGUGAUUACAACUAAGUUACUUAAGCAAUAAGGCCCGAGGAGGUGUGGUAUAUGGCCAAUAUACCACGGCUAAGGGCUGUUCUUAACCACGACGCAACGCGGAUUGCCUGGACACAGCCAUUAGCCGUGGUAUAUUGGCCAUAUAUCACAACCACCGAGGUGCCUAAUUGCUAUUAUAAACGGGUUACCUACAUAAUUAGAGCAGUAAAAAUAAAUGUUUUGUCAUACCUGUGGUAUACGGUCUGAUAUAUCACAGCUAUCAGACAAUCAGCAUUCAGGGCUUGAACCACCCAGUUUACAAUAAGUCUUUGAUCACAAUGUGUUGUUACAUUGGUGAGUAAGAACUCAUGCUUCCUACCCUUUAAGUUUAACUUGUCUUUUUGUUUUGUUAUUGGCUCAUACUCCCACUCUUUUUUUGUCACCAACUAUCCAUUUCACAUUAUCCACCCCAGUCUCUCCGUGACAAUUCCCAUCCACCACCUCCAUACUCUGCCAAUAUGCUACCUUAUCACACAGAGCGGAGCAACUCAGAGGACUUCACCUGCUGAGCCAAUAAGAACACAAGGUAGUAAGGAAGUGGAGCAUUUCAGUUUCAUUCAGAAGUAGACAGAUGUCAGAGUAUAAAGCUUAUUUGUACAGAAUCUUGAUGAUGGGUAAUGCGUAACACUUCAAUAGCACUUAGAUCUCCACUGGUGCAAGAUUAGUGAUAGCCACGUAUAGCUUGCUUGAUGAUAAUUACUGCAGCCCACAACGUCAUUGAAACUUGCUAUUUCAUCCCAUGUAUACUGAGCAAAUAUUUAGUCUAAACAUGUAACAAUUUCAACAAUUUUAAUGAGUUACAGUUCAUAUAAGGAAAUCAGUCAAUUGAAAUGAAUUCAUUAGGCCCUAAUCUACGAAUUUCACAUGACUGGGCAGGGUAGCAGCCAUGGGUGGGCCUGGGAGGGCAUAGGCCACCCACUUGGGAGCCAGACCCAGCCAAUCAGAAUACCGAAAUACUCCUCAGUUUCAUCAGCUGACUGGGUGACUGGUGUCAGAUCAUCCUGCAGGUGAAGAAGCCGGAUGUGGAGGUCCUGGUGUGGUUGCACGUUGUCUGUGGUUGUGAAGCCGGUUGGUCGUACUGCCAAAUUCUCUAAAACAACGUUGGAGGCAGCUUAUGGUUGAGAAAUGAACAUUCAAUUCUCUGGCAACAGCUCUGAGGGACUUUCCUGCACUCAGCAUGACAAUUGCAUGCUCCCUCAAAACUUGAGACGUCUGUGGCAUUGUGUUCUGUGAAAAACUGCACAUUUUAGUGGCCUUUUAUCGUCUGCAGCACAAGGUGCACCUCUGUAAUAAUCAUGCUUGUUUAAUCUGCUUCUUGAUAUGCCACACCAGUCAGGCGGAUGGAUUAUAUUGGCAAAUAAGAAAUGCUCACUAAAAAGAAUGUAAACAAAUUGUGCACAAAACAUUUCUGCAUAUGGAACAUUUCUGGGAUUUUUUAUUUCAGCUCACGAAACAUGGGACCAACACUUUACAUGUUGCGUUAUAGUUUUGUUCAGUACAAAAUACAAUUGUUCUUGUAUUGUCUUCUGAGAAUGUCAUUUUACUCAGGCUACAUGUAGAUAUAGAAACCAGGACUAAGGGAUUUUGGCUUUGGUUGUGUGAUAGUGGGAAAUGUCCUCUGAUCAACUUGUAGAUAUUGGUUGAAUGUGUGAUGAGAUCUUCAGGGCUCACCACUGGGUUGCAUGUAUGUCAUCAUAAACUGUGUGUUAUCUGUAAGCAGUAUAUUGGCAUGUUUGUCCAUGUUACAUCUGUUGUCUGUUUAUGUGUGUGUGUGGGUGUGUCUGUGGGUGUGUGUGUGGGUGGGUGGGGGGGGGGGGGGUGCAUGCUUUUUUUGAGUGUGUCUAUUUGUGUUUUGAAUGUACGUGUGUGUGAUACUUCAAAAGUAAUACACUUUCUCAAGUUGAUGAAUAACAGUCAUGAAAUUGGCCCGUUUUCUAAUUUACUCCCUCUGUCCAAUUGGUCAAGUUGACACAAUUCAAUGAUGUUGCAUUUUCAUAAUGUAUUAUAGUGUAGAAAAACAAUACAUUUUUAAAUUGAAAAGAUUGUUCACCAUUUUCUAAUAAAUAAAAGUCCAAAUGGUGCUUUCCUUGUUAAUAGUUUUAGAGCUAAAGAAAUAGACUAGAUAGAACUAUGAUGACAGAUGUCAAACCACCUCUUUGACAAUGGUAAUAUUGCCUCAUUCCCCAAUGUUAAACAAUUGGACCACUGUCACUACAAUAUAUUUUAUUAUGAACCAUUGGAGGUAGUUAGGAACACCUACGAAUGAGGAAGCCAAUCUCUUAUCACUCAUGCCUCAUAUAACCAUGCUAGAUGUCUUUCUCAUAGGAAAAUGGGAGUUAUAUGAUAGUGUGUAACUGUGUAGUGUUAUUCUCAAGCACAACAGUAUCAUCAACAUGUAAAUUGAAUGUAAAUAAAAUGCUGCAAGUAAGGAAUAUGGAUAAUGUUCUGAUCGUGAUUACAGAGUCUUGCCUAUUGUUGUUGAUGUAAUUAAUGUAGCUACAGUAUGUGUAUGUGAUCUUACCUUUGUUUUUCUAUUAAUACUAUGCCUACCAGUUUACAUGUUUUCAAAUGUUUUAUUUAUCUCAAAAGCAACAAUAAAGUAUAAUGACA